AUGAGUAAGGAAGCCCAGUGCCAAAAUUUUCAAAACACCAUGCUAAAUCGGCAUGCUGGUCUCCUUGAACACAAGAUGGCUCUCCAAGGCCCUGAGAUAAGAGAGUCAUUCAAGGAACCCCAAAGGAAAGGCGAAACAAAGCAGAAUAAAGCUGUCCUGGUGCUUUUUAAAUGUGUACAGUGGCUAUGUAUAGAGAGCAUCCCACUGGUAAAAUUCAAAUCGCCACUUGAACUUCUUCACGAUCUGGGGCCUGAGGACAUGGCGAUUUUGAAACAAACCAACAUCAGUUACAAUUCUUACUCAACUUCAGAUGAUACCUUACAGUGCCUUUCAGAUGUAAUUGAUGACGAACUGAAAGAAAACUUGGAAAAAUCUCCAAUAGUAACUGCCCUGGCUGAUGAAAGCACAGACAUUGCAAAUCACAAGUGA